UAUAAGGGGCCGGAGGAAAUGAACAGCAGUACAGAAUCCAGAAGCAGAACCCUCAAGGUUUAGCCACUGACCCAUUUCACAGAAUGUUUCAUACAUUUGUGGACCAAAGAUGGAGUUGGUUUUCAUUUUUAAAAAAUGCUGUCAAUGAUCUGAUACGACGAUAAAUAUUUACUUGAUGAAGAUGCAUGGACUUGUCUUUUGGUUGGACUAUUGGUCAUUUCUGAAUAUUUCUUCAAUCACAGUUUAUAUUUGAAAUCAAGUAUCAAAGGAUACCAGGUUUAGAAUGAUAUAAUUAUAUGUUUUGUCUGAGGACUAUAAAUUCCACAGAGACCACAACUGGAUUUCAGUGAUAUUCUACAAUCAAAGUGAUUCAUAUCAUUCAGUCCUAUGAUAAACCAAAUUGUGAAGCAUUUUAUAUUUAUAAACAACAUCAAAAGAUGGGAGAAAAAAAUGGUGAUGCAAAAACUUUCUGGAUGGAACUAGAAGAUGAUGGAAAAGUGGACUUCAUAUUUGAACAAGUACAAAAUGUACUGCAGUCACUGAAACAAAAGAUCAAAGAUAGAUCUGCAACAAAUAAAGAAUACGUACAAGCAAUGAUUCUAGUGAAUGAAGCAACUAUAGGUAACAAUUCACAUCAACAAUUGAUAAAGGAUCAUACACCUGUGACUCAGAAUGAACAGGAAAGCAAGUCAAACGCAUUUCCCUCUACAUCACAUGAAAACUCCUUUCCAGAAGACUGUACAUUUCUAUACACAGAAAAUAAGAAAAUCUCCUCUCUGGAAAAUAAAGCUGUAGACUUUAGAGAAAAAGAAUCGUCUUUGAAGUUACCUUACCAAAGUCAUGACUGCUUUGGUGCCUGUCUGAUGAAAAUGCCAUCAACUUUCAAGGGGGAAAACCCUCUGCAGCUACCAAUCAAUUGUCACUUCCAGAGACGACAUGCGAAGACAAACUCUCAUUCUUCAGCACUCCACGUGAGUUAUAAAACCCCCUGUGGAAGGAGUCUGCGAAACAUGGAGGAAGUUUUUCGUUACCUGCUUGAGACAGAGUGUAACUUUUUAUUUACAGAUAACUUUUCUUUCAAUACCUAUGUUCAAUUGACUCGGAAUUACCCAAAGCAAGAAGAAAUUGUUUCUGAUGUGGAUAUUAGCAAUGGAGUGGAAUCAGUACCUAUUUCUUUUUGUAAUGAAAUUGACAGUAGAAAGCUUCCACAGUUUAAGUACAGAAAGACUAUAUGGCCACGGGAAUAUUAUCUCAACAGCUUUUCCAGCAUGUUUACUGAUUCAUGUGACUGUUCUGAGGGCUGCACAGACAUUACAAAAUGUGCAUGUCUUCAGCUGACAGCAAGGAAUGCCAAAACUUGUCCCUUGUCAAGUAAUACAGUAACCACUGGAUAUAAAUAUAAGAGACUACAGAGACAAAUACCUACUGGCAUUUAUGAAUGCAGCCUGUUGUGCAAAUGUAAUCGACGAUUAUGUCAAAACCGAGUUGUCCAACAUGGUCCUCAAGUGAGGCUACAGGUGUUCAAAACUGAGAAGAAGGGAUGGGGGGUACGCUGCCUGGAUGACAUUGACAGAGGGACAUUUGUUUGCAUUUAUUCAGGAAGAUUACUCGGUAGAGCUAACACUGAGAAACCUAAUGCAAUUGAUGAAAAUGGAAAAGAAGAGAAUACUAUGAAAAAUAUGUUUUCGAAAAAAAGGAAAAUGGAAGUUGCAUGUUCUGAUUGUGAGGUUGAAGUUAUUCCAUUAGACUUGGAAACACAGUCUAGAAGUGUUAAAACUGAGGAAUGUCCACCAAAGUUCUAUAAUAAUCCCAAAGAGCUUAUUACGGAAAUGAAGUAUAACAAUAUUUCAAGAAUUCAAUAUCAUUCAGUUAUUAGAAGUCCUACAUCUAAGACAGCCAUUUUUCAACGCAAUGGGAGAAAGGACUCUGUUUCCUUGGAGUCUAUCACCUUAGAAGAUAAUGAUGGAUUUAAAUCAACUCAAGGACAUCUGAACUCUACAGCUGAAGGAGCACAAAAGGACUCAAGUUCAAACCAAGUUGAAGAUUCUGAAGACAAUCUGCUGAUUGAAUCAGAUGUCAUAGAUAUCACUAAAUGUAGAAAGGAAACUCCCCCAGGGAGCAGAUAUAACCAAGCAACCACAUUGGUUAAUCAGAAUAUUAACAAGGACUUUGAGGCUAAAAUACGAAAACCCCAAGAGGAACAACCUCCACCAUGCCAAAAGCAGCAGAUUUUUUGUGAUGAAGAGUUGCCAAGUGAAACCAAGAAUACUUCAUCAGAUUCUUUAACGAAGUCCAAUAAAGGGAAUGUGUUUUUAUUGGAUGCCACAAAAGAAGGAAAUGUGGGCCGUUUCCUUAAUCAUAGUUGUUGCCCAAAUCUCUUGGUACAGAGUGUUUUUGUAGAAACACACAACAGGAAUUUUCCGUUGAUGGCAUUCUUCACCAACAGGUAUGUGAAAGCAAGAACAGAGCUAACUUGGGAUUAUGGUUAUGAAGCAGGGACUAUGCCUGAGAAAGAAAUCUUCUGCCAAUGUGGGGUUAAUAAAUGUAGAAAAAAAAUAUUAUAAAUGUGUAGCUAAUGCCUGUUCAUGAAACUAGUUUAUCAGGCCAAAAUUAAAGCCAUGUAAGAGAACCCUCAGUCAUCAGUGGAAUUAAUUUAGAUUUAAGUCUAUCAAAGUAAUUCAGUUUCCAUUGUCAUAUUUAUUUCUAAUUUUAUUGAUUUUGAAAUACCAGAACAAAAUAAGGACAUUUUCAUACCCAUAGUGUAUCUCUUGUUCUUACUGCUGUUCAACUUUACAUGACUAGGUGAAAGUGUAUAUUUUAUAUGAAAUACCUCUGUAUAGUUUGUAAUUUAUUUAUAAAUUAUAUAUUAUGAGAAACAAAUGUCAUAAAAGAACUCAGUUGUUUCUAAUUGCUUUUGUGACUAUUAUCUUUUAGCUCAUGCUCCAAAGGGCCAAAUUUUGUGUCUUUGCUUACAAAAUUGAUUUUUAAUUACUGACAAGUAAUUUACCAUUGUGAGCAACAAGGUAGGCAACAGAGCCUGAAGAAUAUGUAGAACUAAUCUUAUGCAUAUUAUUCCCAAGUAUUUUAACACAUGUUGGAGAAACUAUAUCUGAUUCCAUGAAACAUAUGUCCCAUCAACCAUUUGAGUGGAAAUAGAACCUCUUUUAUAAGUAAGGUUCUGGCACAUUCUUUCUGAUUAAUCUUCUUUUCCAUAGGUUUUCUUC